UCGUCCGCCACAAUGUCUGACAUGGAGGAUGAGAUGGAGAUCGAUGCGCCUGUUGCUGAUACUGCAGUAACAUUCGGCGGAGAUUCGAAGAAAGGCAAAAGGAGUGCGGCGAAUCUACCAGUGGAAGCAGAAGAUUCAUUACCUUGGGUCGAGAAAUACCGACCCAACUCACUCGACGAUGUUGAGGGUCACAGAGAUAUAAUAGCGACAAUCAAUAGAUUCGUGGAUACAAACCGACUCCCACAUCUUUUGCUCUAUGGCCCUCCCGGAACAGGAAAAACGUCGACCGUCCUAGCACUCGCUCGCCGCAUCUACGGAACCAAGAACAUGAGGCAAAUGGUACUGGAGCUCAACGCCUCAGACGAUAGAGGAAUCGAUGUUGUCCGGGAACAGAUCAAGACGUUCAGUAGCACAAGACAAAUUUUUGCGGCAGCACCAAAGCCCGGCGACAGUUCAUCACUAGCAACAUUCAAGUUGAUCAUACUGGACGAGGCAGAUGCAAUGACAUCAACAGCACAGAUGGCUCUACGAAGAAUUAUGGAGAAAUAUACAGCAAACACACGGUUCUGCAUUAUUGCCAACUAUACACACAAACUUUCGCCGGCUCUUUUAUCGCGAUGCACGAGAUUCCGGUUUUCGCCGCUGAAAGAAGUCGACAUAAGGAAUCUGGUGGACAAGGUCGUCGAGGAGGAACGUGUGAACAUAACACAAGACGCUACGGAGUCAUUGGUUACGCUGAGCAAGGGCGACAUGAGGCGAGCCUUGAACGUGCUGCAAGCUUGUCAUGCAUCAAGCACGCCGCUUGCUGCCCCAGGGCAACCAGUACCUGACCCGAAGACGGUGGUGCGUGACGAGAUCACACAAACGACAAUCUACGACUGUAUAGCUGCACCCCACCCAGCUGAUAUACAAUACAUCUUGAACAUGUUACUAGAAACCGGCGACAUCACACAGUGCUUGAAGACUAUCAACAACAUCAAAGCGCUGAAAGGUCUUGCGCUGGCGGAUAUUCUGACAGCCUUGAGCGAAGAACUGGUGAAGAACGAGGUCCCCUCACAGACAAUGGUAACGUGGAUGUCUGGGCUUGCAGAUAUUGAAUAUCGACUGAGCGGAGGUGGAAACGAGGCUAUACAAACCGGCGCCACAAUCGGAGUGGUGCGUACGGGCGUGGAGUUGCUUGGGAACGGAAAAUGAAGAUAGAGCCAUAGGAGCUAAGAAAACUACCCAUUGGCGUAUAGUGAAAGUCGAACACUGAAGUAUAUAUAUC